CAGGGAAGCUCUAGUGGUCACCUGUUAUGUACUACACUACCCAGCAUGCUUUGUGUCCUCAUCUCAUUCCCUGAUAUCACACGGAGGGGGAGUAUAUAGAGGAACACAGGGGUCUGUACAAGGACGUGAUGAUGGAGAAUCACCGGCCCCUCACAUCACUGGAUGGGCCCAGUAACAGAGAUACCCCAGAGAGAUGUCCCCGUCCUCUGUAUUCCCAGGAUUGUACAGAGGAGAAUCACAGGAUCCCACAGGAGGAUCAGAGUGAAGAACUAACUGAUAUAAAAACAGAAGAUAUAAUGAAAGAAGACAAGAUGCUUGUGACUUAUAAUACGGCAGAAGAUAGAGAUGGAGAAGAGACGUAUGUGACUGAUAUGAAGGCAGAAGAUAUAGAGGGAGAAGAAGAGACGUAUGUGACUGAUAUAAAGGCAGAAGAUAUAGAGGUAGAAGAAGAGACGUAUAUGACUGAUUUGAAGUCAGAAGAUAGAGACGGAGAAGAGACGUAUGUGACUGAUAUGAAGACAGAAGAUAUAGAGGGAGAAGAAAAGAUGUGUGUGAGGGGUGACCAACAAUGUAAGGAGAAGGAAAUCCCUACAGAUAUCAGCACAGAUGGACACAAUACAAGGAAUACCUCAGAAGGACAUCUCGUUUGGUCUCCAGAUUUUAAAUUGGAAGAUAAGAACAUCAUACGAGGGUCUCCAGAAGAAAAUCACAUCACCCGAAAUAUACAUCCAGCACGUCACCGUGCAGAUAUAUCAUCUGAUCCCUCUGUUCUUGUGGAAUGUUCUCCUGAUAACUCACAUAUUGCUGCACAUAGUACAGGUCAUAGCGGUGAUACAAUCAUUCCCUCUUCUGAAUGUGGGAAAUGUUUUACAAAAACAUCUACUCUGGUUAAACAUGAGCUAACUCACACAGGUGAGAAGCCAUUUCUAUGUUCUGAGUGUGAGAAAUGUUUUACUCGCAAAUCACAUCUUGUUGCACAUCAGAGAACUCACACAGGUGAGAAACCAUUUUCAUGCUCUGAGUGUGGGAAAUGUUUUACAAAGAAAUUUUAUCUUGUUGAACAUCAGAGAACUCACACAGGUGAGAAACCGUUUUUAUGUUCUGAGUGUGGGAAAUGUUUUACAGUGAAAUCACAGCUUGUCAGACACAAGAGAAGUCACACAGGUGAGAGACCAUUUCCAUGUUCUGAGUGUGGGAAAUGUUUCAAACGUAAGUCAGCUCUUUCUACACACACGAAAUGUCACACAGGUGAGAAACCAUUUACAUGUUCUGAGUGUGGGAAAUGUUUUACACAGAAAGCAGCUCUUAAUAGUCAUGAGAAAAUUCAUACAUUGGAGAAACCAUUUACAUGUUCUAAGUGUGUAAAAUGUUUUACACAUAAAUUUGCUCUUGUUGUACAUGAGAGAAGUCAUACAGGUGCAAAACCAUUUACAUGUUCUAAGUGUGGAAAAUGUUUUAAACAGAAAUCAGUUCUUGUUAGACAUGAGAGAAGUCACACAGGUGAGAAACCAUUUACAUGUUGUAAGUGUGGGAAAUGUUUUACACGUCAUUUCAAUCUUGUUACACAUGAGAGAACUCACACAGGUGAGAAGCCAUUUCCAUGCUCUGAGUGUGGAAAAUGUUUUACACACAAAUCAGCUCUUGUUGUACAUGAGAGAAACCACACAGGUGAAAAACCGUAUACAUGCUCUCAAUGUGGAAAGUGUUUUACAAAUAAUUCCAAUCUUGUUAUACAUGAGAGAACUCACAUGGGCGAAUGGCCAUUUCCAUGCUCUGAGUGUGGAAAAUGUUUUACACACAAAUCAGCUCUUGCUAUACAUGGGAGAAUACACACAGGUGAGAAACCAUUUCCAUGUUCUGAGUGUGGGAAAUGUUUUACCCAUAAAUCAGCUCUUGUUAUACAUCAGAGAAUACACACAGGUGAGAAACCGUAUACAUGCAAUGAGUGCGGGAAAUGUUUUACACACAAAUCGGCUCUCGUUACACAUGAGAGAAGUCACACAAGUAAGAAUCCAUUUCGAUGAGUAGAGAUGGACAGCUGAAGCCCAAAUGUCAAGAUCCAUGGUGAUCCCAGAUGGGCAGUAUCCAGAAACCCCCGCAGGUUACAUGGUGCUCAUGUCACUGCCUGUGCCUCUCUCCUGCUCCUGCAUCUUCCUCACAUCCUCAGGUUCUCCCAUCCAUUAACUGUCCCCAGCUGGCCUGACCUCACCUGAGGUAAUCUCUCAUACAGCACCCUUGUCAGAACCAGCUUCUCUCUCCCCAGCUCUGCCCCCAAUAAACCAGAUUGUUGGUAUCUGGGUCUGACUACAAUUAUACACAAAUACUCCUAUUGUCACAUCAUAACACCGCAGUAGCUCUAUACAAUCAGACCUGCAGAUGACACGAUUGUUACUGAUGGACACACCUUUGACAUGUCCGGGUCUAGCAAAGUUUUCUUCACCUCCGGACAUUAAGAGAUUCUAUUUGGCUUAGAGAAGCACCAUCCCUCCGGGAAUACCAGAACGGUGACCGUACAGCUAAACAACUGCUUGUUUCAAUACCCAUGGAACUUGGAUUAUUUAAGUUUGUACUGUCCAUACCACAUUGGAGAAAUGCACAAGUUUUUUAAGAAUGCUUAUUCUCCACUAAUAAAUGUAUGCAUUCACUUA